AUGGCACCAGAUCUGAACUCUCUGCCGCCAUCCCCCCAUUUGGGAUCGGCUCCAGAGCAGAACGGUGUUGGUGUUGGCGGCGGCCCAGCUGCUGCCGCUGGUGCUGCCAAACCCAAAAUGCCAAAUAUUCUUUACAUCAUGGCGGAUCAGCUGGCAGCCCCGUUGCUGAAGAUGUAUAACGCUGAUUCGCAAAUCAAGACGCCCAAUCUUGAUGCCCUCGCGGCAAAGUCGGUCCAGUUCGACUCGGCCUACUGCCCCUCCCCCCUAUGUGCCCCAUCCCGCAUGAGCAUGAUCACCGGCUUGCUCCCAAUGAAGAUUGGCGCCUAUGACAAUGCCGCCCAGAUCUCCAGUGACAUACCCACGUAUGCCCACUACCUGCGCCUCCGUGGCUACCACACCGUAUUGGCCGGCAAGAUGCACUUCGUCGGCGACCAGCUGCAUGGCUAUGAGACCCGACUGACCAGUGACAUCUACCCUGGCGACUUUGGCUGGGUCGUCAACUGGGAAGAGCCUGACACUAGACUCGAAUGGUACCACAACGCCAGCUCGAUCUUGCAGGCCGGCACCUGCGUCCGCAGCAACCAGCUAGACUACGACGAGGAAGUAAUGUACAAGUCCACCCAAUACCUGUACGACCAUGUGCGCCGAGCCGACGACCGGCCAUUCUGCUUGACGGUCUCACUUACACACCCCCACGACCCCUACACUAUUGAGGAGAAGUACUGGGAUUUGUACGAGGGAGUGGACAUUGAGCUACCAAAGGUUAAGAUCCCGAAGGAAGAGCAGGACCCUCACAGCAAGAGACUACUGCAAGUCUGUGAUCUCUGGGACCAGGAUUUCACCGAUGACCAGAUCAAGAGAGCGCGCAGAGCCUACUAUGGUGCCGUCAGCUAUGUCGACGACUGCAUCGGCAAGCUGCUCCAGACCCUAAAGAAUUGCCGGCUGGACGAGGACACCAUUGUCGUCUUCAGCGGAGAUCACGGAGACAUGCUGGGCGAGCGAGGGCUCUGGUACAAGAUGUCAUACUUUGAGUCCUCAGUCCGCGUUCCCAUGCUUAUCUCCUACCCCAAAUGGUUCGAGCCGCACCGCGUCACCGAGAAUGUGUCGACCUUGGAUAUCCUGCCGACAAUGUGCGAUCUUGUCGGUACCAAGCCCAUCAAGGGUCUGCCUAUGGAUGGCCUAUCUCUCCUACCUCACUUGAAGGGAGAGGGGGGCCACGACACCGUGUUUGCAGAAUACACCGGGGAGGGAACUGUCAGCCCCCUCAUGAUGAUCCGACGAGGGCCUUGGAAGUACGUUAUCUGCCCUGCCGAUGGGUCCCAGCUGUAUAACCUGGACACGGAUCCGUCCGAGCUCAACGACUUGGCCAAGGGGCUCAACAAGAAGACGACUCUUUCUGCCGAGGACGAGAAGGUCCGCGCUGUGUUCGAUGCUUUUGAGGCCGAGGCUAGAGCCCGUUGGGACUUCGAGCAGAUCACGGAAGAUGUACUCGUCUCCCAACGUAAGCGCCGCCUCGUAUGGUCUGCUUUGAAGAGGGGCCAAUUCACAAGCUGGGACUUCGACCCUAUUGAUGACGGUCGAGAGAAAUACAUCCGCUCUCACAUGGACCUCGACGACCUCGAGCGGAUGGCCCGGUAUCCCCCUGUUGAUAAAUACGGGAGAGAGACCAGAGUGCUCCUCUCUGACCAGGCCGGAUCGCACGGUCAGUAA